AUCAAGAAGAAUUGAGAAUUUUCUUGACUUGGAUCAAAUGAGCGGUGAGAAGUCUUAUAUACGCACUUGCCAGAUUCCAAAUGAGUUUUAUCAGGAAAGAAGAGAGAAUGCUAUCAAUGAGCCUUCAUUGAUUCAGAAAUCCUCAACAACUGUAUCUUCAUCUUCUGAACAUUCGAAGAAAAUUGAUUCUAGUGUUGACAACUGUAUUACCAAUGUUAUACCAUCAGAGAGUAACUUGGCUUCUGUUGGAAGAGCUGCUGAUAAAGGAGCAUGCUCUUUAAACACCAGAGAAACUAGUGAUGUCACAAUGCGAAUUGCUAUGGAUAUUCGUAAAGACGGGUCUACACCUUCAAAUGUGCUCAAUCCAAUAGAUUUUGCACAGUUCCUUAAAGAGGGUUACCACAAAACAUUGGAGCUUGGCGGAUGCCGUGAGUUAGCUGAAGUUGUAACUGAUGAUGUAAACAGUAGCGGCAGCCACAGUGAGAGGGAAAACCCUGAGGAGGAUGAUGAAGAGAACAAUGAAAUGCUUGGUGGCAUAUUUGCCUUUUCUGAAGAAGGUUGAUUUAUAGCUUUUAUAGCUUCCCUUUGGUCCGGAUCAUGGAAGAAGUGCAAUGGUUCAGUAGGUGUGCAUAAAUGGGGGUGAUCAAAGCACAGAAUGUGAUCAUCCCCCUUUCUCUCUUGUACAUUUUGUAGAUGGAAAUUCAUAAAUUCAUGGGCAUGGGGUUGGGUUUGAA